AUGGUGUGGAGGUUAAAGACUCAAUUCCAUCACGACGAAGAAAAGUUGAAGGAGAACAAUAUCAACACGCUAUUGAACAACUGCUGGAUCGGGAGUAUUGACGAAGCUCGAAAACGAGCCGUCCCUGCUUAUACUUUCACGAAGAUGUCUGAGCUCCCAUUGGAGAUCCAACUCAAGAUAUGGGGGCGUACUUUAUCUGCUUGUAGAGGAGAACCCCGUAUGUACCGAAUAGACACCAUGACGGAUGACAAAGAACGCAUUCAAAUCUAUAAUCUCUCUCAAGAUUCGGGUCCAGGGACAAGUCGAGCAGUGGAACGACCACAUACGCGACUAGAGGAGAUCAAACAUAUGCUAGUCAUUCUGCAAGUGUGCCAGACAUCGCGCAUGGCUGCUCUCGAAGUCUGUUCUGUAUUGCAGAGCUGCAAACGAGAUUUCAAGGCAUACAGCACCCAUUAUCUACGCUAUUAUGCUACACGCUACGACAAGUUUGCCCUAAAAGGAUCUUGGUAUGAUCACAAGUUUCUUGUGGAUAUUUUGGCAAACACUAUCGAUGAGCCUCCAUCGAUUCAUUUUGUAGCAGAAGAGAACAGCUUCCUCUCCAUACAGCGUUUGAUUGUUGAUCUCAAUAUCUUUGCAAAAUUUCCACUGGAUCUAUGGGCACAGUUCUACAAUCUUAGGAGCUUGACAAUCUCAAUGCUCCCCGACGAUUUUCCCUCGAACAUAGACAUGGUGAAAAGCUUGAAAUUUUGCAAGCGCGUAGCAUGGGUUCGUGAAAAGGUUUUAUUCUCCCUACAGACAGCCAAGAAAGAGCAACGUCCAGACUGGAGGAUCCCUAAAAUUAAGAUAACGGGCGACUUUCAUGUUAGACCCAUAGACGUGGACGUUGGAAGAAAGGUGGGAAAGGCUUCCCAAAAAGAUGCGGGCGAAUUUGAAGACGAUGCUAUCUGGUAUCAGCAAACGGUGGCUUUGAUGACGCACACCAUUCCACAUGACGAAAUUCGACGGUACAAGCUUAGAUAUUCACGCAAAGUUAUCCUUCCAGAGUCAACAGGCCGGCCAGAGCAGCCACAUGAGAGGGCUCUUGGAGAAGAGCCUCGGCAACAAGAAAAGGGCUACUUUGUCUUUUCAGUUGACGUAUUGAUCUAA